AUGUCGUUGAAGAAGGCACUCACCAGCCUAAAGCCACGCAGUGGCUCCAACUCGGGCCCCAGCAGCGACAAUGAGAACAACGCCAGUCCCGCGCCCAGUCGCCGCUCUGGUACCUUCCCCCUCUCCCUCCACAAUGGCAUUGGCCUGGGACGCCAUUCCACCGACUCGAGCCGCAAAGCUCACGACACUGGCUCCCCAUCGCCCUCUCGAGCUUCCAAGGAGCAUCAACGCAACUCCCACAGUCCCCUGGGUUUCCUCAGGCGCAAGGUCCGUGGCGGCUCGGAUGACUCCCACUCCUCGACAGAGGACUUGCCCUUGAACCGCGAGGGCGAGUCCCUCAGCCGGAACCAGCAGCGUAAGCAUGACAGGCAGGCCGAGAAGGAGAAACACCGUCAUGAGGCGGAAGCCCGCAUCGAGGCAGACCGGAAGCGAAAAGAGGACAUGGCGCGCAAGGCUGCCGAAGAGGAGACGGAGGAGCAGAGGUCCAGAUAUGGCACCCUGCCCAUCAAUCACUACGCAGGACAGCAGAAGCACGAGGAUCGCAUUGACCUGCGUGAGUUGACCACCGACCAAGUCGGCAAAAUGGUCUGCUUCAGAGCUCGCAUACACAACAUGCGGAAGCUGAGUGCCCACCUCAUGUUUAUCGAGCUGAGGCAGCAGACCCACACCAUUCAGGGCAUCCUGCACGAGCACGGCAGCGUCUCGCAACACUUUGUCUACUGGGCCGAGCAUCUUCACGUCGAGUCCGUCGUGGUGGUCAAGGGAGUGGUCCAGGAGCCCAAGGCCAAGCAGGGUGAGAUUAUUGGUGUCUCCAUCCAUAACUUGGAGAUCCAUAUUCACGAGAUGCACGUCGAAGCCACCCCAUCCGAGCCUCUGGCUUUCACGGUUCACGAAGCCGAAGUUUCCAAGGCAGACACUCAGCAGGAAGGAGACACUCGCCACCGCGUGUCGGAUCGAGCCCGUCAAAACAACCGGAUCAUCGAUCUCCGCACCACCACAUCGCAAGGUAUCUUCCGUGUCCAGUCUGGUGUGUGCCAGGCCUUCCGAUCUCACCUGCACAAUCUUGGCUUCAUUGAGAUCCACACACCCAAACUGCAAGGCGCGGCGUCUGAGUCUGGUGCCAGCGUGUUCAAGGUCGACUACUUCGGCAGACCAGCUUUCCUCGCGCAGUCGCCCCAGCUGGGCAAGCAGAUGUGUAUUGCGGCUGACAUGCGACGUGUCUUUGAGAUUGGUCCGGUUUUCCGAGCCGAGAACAGCAACACCCACCGACAUUUGACGGAAUUCACGGGUCUCGAUCUGGAGAUGGCAAUCGAUGAGCAUUAUCAUGAGGUGCUUCGAGUUCUGGACAGCACGUUCAAGGCUAUCUUCACCUAUGUGUACGACAAUUACAAGGAGGAGAUUGAGGUCAUCAAGCGUCAAUUCCCUCAUGAAGAUCUGGUGUGGUUGGAUGAGACUCCAAUUAUCCCAUUCGCGGAGGCCAUCCGAAUGCUGAACGAAUCCGGCUACAGAGACGAACAGGGCAACAUGCUGUCUGAGAACGAAGACAUGGGAACACGCGACGAGAUUGCUCUUGGCGCCGUCAUCAAGGAGAAAUACAAGACGGACUACUACGUUUUGGACAAGUUCCCAACAUCUGCACGACCGUUCUAUGCUAUGCCAGAUCCUAACAAUCCCGAGGUCACCAACUCGUUCGAUAUAUUUCUGCGUGGACAAGAGAUUCUGUCUGGUGGUCAGCGUAUUCACGACGCUCACAUGCUUGUUGAGAAGAUGGAGAAGAUGAAGAUGGAUCCCAAAACGUUGGAUGAAUAUAUGACAGGAUUUGAGUGGGGUGCUCCACCACACGGUGGAGGUGGUAUUGGUAUGGAACGAAUUCUGAUGCUGCUCCUCAAGCUCAACGAUAUCCGAAACGCGACUCUGUUCCCACGCGAUCCGAAGUCGCUGCCCUACAAGCCACCAGUCAAGCAACUUCGACACCCGGAGGCGAGCACAUUAACCCCACCAUGGCAAGGAAGCGACCGAGUCGCUGCUCACGUGGACUACCAGCCACUGGAAAAGCUCAUCGCCAACUAUGGAGACGCAUCGAACACCUCGUGGCUGGAGCCCAAAUUCGAGAUCUGGCGCGACUCCUACACCGGUGCUGCGGUUGGAUUCGUACCCCAUGAGGGCUUCGCAAUUACCAUCGGUGAUCCGCUGUGUCAUCAGACCCAGUACGUCAAGACCAUUGGCGGCUAUUUGAGAUACGUGAAGAAGGAGAGACAUCUCAAGCCUCUGUGGCUGCUCUGCGGUGGAGCUGUUGAGGAAGUCCUCGCGAACAAGUUUGACUGGCGAACGCUCUCCGUGGCCGCCGAGCAGCGUCUGGACCCUGGCAACAACCCAGCCAGCCGAGACCCUGAAAUUCAACGCAAGUGCCGACAUGCUGAGAAAGAAGGUGUCAAGCUUCACGACAUCCCUCUCGGCACACCCGUACCCAAAGAUGUGCAGGAGAAGAUCGACCAGCGCAUUCAAGAUUGGCUGAAGAACCGCAAGGGCAAGCAGGUCCACUUGACAGAUGUUCACCCGUGGCAAGACGUGGCACACAGACAGUAUCACUACUCGACAACCAAAGAUGGUCAAAUCAGUGGACUCGUCAUUCUGGCGCAACUGUCGCCGGACCACGGCUGGCAGGUGAAAUUCGCCCUCGACUUCCCAGGCGCGCCCUCCGGUGCCAUUGAGCUGCUCGUACUGCACGCUCUCAAGGCUGCAUCAGCCACUGGUGCAACGUCUGUCACUUUCGGUGGUGGUGCCACGUCGAAGCUGACCCCUGGACAUAACCUCAAGGGCGCUCGCGUGAAAGUGCUCACCAAGGCAUACCAUGCGAUCGCUACCGAGCUCAAGUUGACCAACAAGAGCGAGUUCAGAGAGAAGUUGGGUGCCCAGGAUGAUCCAAUCUAUGGUAAGUACUCAACAUGCAUGGUUGGUCUCUGUCUGGCACGGUGCUAACUUAGAUCGUAGUCUGCUACCCGCCCCACGGCUUGGGACCAGCUGGUGUCCGGGCCAUUCUCAGUUUCUUUGAAGACGAGGACGACUCUUCCAAGUUGGGUUAG